AUGUUCAUGAAUACAUUACACCAUGCCAAGUUGUGGAGAACCGCCUUCAUGAAGACGAGAGGGAUUUUUCAAAAUGAGGCAUACAGUGCAUUUAAGGGGAGCGAAAAAAAGAGGCGUGUCACAAAUGUGUAUGACCACGUUCAGGCGAAACAGGAAAAAAGCAAAAAAGGAGCAUCAUCACCCAACAUAGGAACGGAGGAAAAUGCACAGGAAGCGAAGUCGCAGCAAAUGGAAGUACCACCUGUUAGGAGCAAACACGAGGAGCAGUUUAACCAAACGUUUAGCACCUUCUAUGUCGAUAAAAAUGUUUUUUUUCUUGUCGGAUGUGUAUCCUCCUUGUAUAGUGUAUUUAUGUAUGACUUCUUCACGAACAGGAAGACGGUGAAUAUAUUGGCCUGCAUAGUGCAUGCUUUGUUUAUUUUCCUUCAAGUAUGCGUUUUGGCCAUUAAAUCCAGCGCCAACUUGGAGGAAAAUAAACAGAGCGUGCACUAG